GGACCUGCAAGGAACUAUAUAACAAUAAUUUGGCUGAAGGUAACAAAGCUUACCCUCUGAAAUUGGGAUCGGUAAUUCUUCCGGUAUACUGUCACAUGACCUAUGAUCUCGGAGCUUGCGGAGGUGGUGGUUGGACGCUGGUCAUGAAGAUAGACGGUAAAAAGGACAGCUUCCAUUUUGACUCGCCCUAUUGGAGUGAUAAAAAUGUAACCAACCUUUUAGACGGGGAGAAUGGGUUUGACGGCAACGAGACCAAGCUACCGACCUAUUGGAACACACCCUUCUCCAAAAUUUGUCUCGGUAUGAGGAUUGGCCAGAAGAUUAACUUCAUUGGCAUCGACAAGGAGGCUAACUCUCUGUAUUCGCUGAUCUCUGAUGGACAAUACCGCGCUACCUCACUAGGUCGUGACACGUGGAAGUCGCUGAUUGGGUCCCAAGCCACCCUACAGACUGCGUGUUCGCGUGAAGGAUUUAACUGUGGUUGUUCUGUGGAAGCAGCAUCUAAAGCGAGGAUCGGAAUUGUUGCCAACAAUCAACAAAAGUGCGACACUUGUGAUUCCAAAGUAGGGUUUGGCACAGGAGGAUACACUGAUGGCAAUAACACUUGUGGAAAUGUGGGACCGUAUACAUCAGGUAAUGGACACAAAAACUUCAAAGCCAUGGGAUACAUCUUGGUUCAGUGAAAAGAACUGUCACUGAUCUAUAUAC